GAAGGCGGCGGCGGCGCGGCCGGGGCUGCGGCGGCCAUGGCGCUCUCGGUGGUGCAGCAGGUGUUGGUGUCGGCGGUGCUGGUGCUCUGCGUCCUCGUCGUCGUGCCCAGGAUGUUUGGGGGAGGCGGCGGCGGGCGGGCCGGCAGGUCGGUGCGCGGCGGCCAGGGCGGCCGCGGCCAGGCCGAGCCCCACCAGCACCGCAGAGGUAGUCCUCAGACACUUCAUCAAGCUCACCUGAAUACAGGAAAUUAUGAAGCUAAAACUUAUCAGAGUAUUCAGCAGAUGAGAAAUGCAAUGGAAAAAGAGAUAAAGAGUGAAAGAACAAGAGGAAAUGGUAGAGACUUAGCCUUUACCCUGAUGCCAUUGUAUGCUCUUGGUGUGGGAGUGUUUGCAGCAUACAAAUUUCUCAAGAUGAAGUCACAGGAAGAAAGUCUCUCUAAGAAGGAAAAAAAUACAGAAGACAAGGCAAAGGAAACAGAGCAUCAGCUUUUAGAACUGGAGCAGCAUCUAGCACAGACAGAGAAAAUGUUAAACUCUUUAUUGACUCAGCUGGAUCCACUGUCAAACUGUGUUAAUGCUUUAGCUUGCGAGCAGAAAGAUGAAAUAAUGACACAGCUCCAAUCAAUUAGACGACUGAUGAAAGAAAGUGGCUUGGAUAAAUCAGAAAACAAGAUGAAAGAUGUCAGCCACAUUUGUAAUGAGAAACUUGAAGAUCUCAUUCAGUCAUUUGCCGAACAGUCUCCAGAUAAAGAAAUACAUGACCAUGAAGAUGACAGUAAUGAAGAUUUGCUUGACAAUGUUGAUAAUGAUUACAAAAUAGAAGAUGAUCAAUUAUAUGAAGAAUGUGAUGUGAACCAGGUGUUUGAGUCAGAUGUGGUGGUCGACCAAGAAAUGAUAAACAAAGAUGUGCUUGAAUCAGAAGAGAGAGGACUGAGGAGACGUAAUAGAUAUGAUUGAAAUAUGUAAAACAUUUAAAAGCUUAUGUUUUUCUUCACAAUAUUGUAUGCACUUUAAACUGUUUUGAACCAAGUUACAUGCACUGCUCUAUGCUUUAAAAAGAGGAUGAAAUACUGUCUGUGUUAGUAUCUGUGGCAGUUUUGUAACUGGCUUCAAUGGCAGCAGAUUUCACUUGGGAUGUUUACAUAUUUUUUCUAUUUAUUUUUUCCUAUAGAAAAUAUUUCUGUACUCUCUGUAUAUAAUGCAUUGUAAUUAUAUCUGAAGCGUCAGUAAAAUACUGGGAUCUCUUUUAAUUAAAAGUAUAAUGAAUAGAUGUUUCAAAAAUGUUUUAUAGCUACUAAGCUUACUGCAUCCUUUAACUGUGAAUUUCUUUAGUUCAUUAGAGUGCUUGCACUGAUGAGUUUAGCUCUUCAUGGAAAACUAGUGAGGAAUGCAAAGCAAUAUGGAGUUAAAUCUCGGAGAUGCUUUCAUAGACAGAAUUCUUUAUUUGGAGAGAGAAAUUUAGCCACAGACAUUACUUCAAAAUAAUUAUGUCUGUUUGCUAAGCCAGGUUUGCUUCAAAGUAAGUCCUGUAGUUUCAGUUCUGCUGUUGCCUGAGGAUUGAUGUGUAGUUUUGUAUGCUAAUUUGAACCUUAAUACAGUACUUCGACUCCCAAUUGUCACCAGUUAAACCCAGAAGCUGCCUAAUAACUGACUGAUACCCAUUAGUAGUAAUAUGUUUCAUAUGUAUAAUAAAAUUAUGGAAUCUG